CUGGUACUGGGAAGAGAACAAAGGAAAAGACAGAAAGCGCACGUCAGAACAAGCCUGUUGGCUUGGCUGUGGUCUUGGAUGGGUAGGGAGUUUCAAAAGAAUCUCUUCUCAAUCUCAUCCACAUCUCUCUCUCUCUCUAGAUCUCUCUCAUCUUUCAUAUUUUACAAUUGUUUUUCUGUUUAAUGGUGAAUCUUCUUGGUUUUAGCAGCAACUAGCUAACUAGGCUACAAGAGGGUCUGAGCUAAGAUCUCAGGACGCCAUGUCAUAGAUGUAAAGAUGAUCUCAUGAAUCUCAUACUUUAAUUUGUGUCGUUAUUCACACAAAGCUGUUUAGUUUAAUAUAGAAAGGAAGAGGAUGAAUGAGACUUCUGCCACUCUGUACUCUCAACAGCCCUCUGCGUCUACAAAUCUAGCACCACCACCGAAGAAGAAGAGGAGUCUUCCAGGCAAACCAGACCCAGAAGCAGAAGUGAUAGCUUUGUCCCCCAAAAGUCUCUUAGCAACAAACAGAUUCAUAUGUGACAUCUGCAACAAAGGGUUUCAGAGAGAUCAAAACCUUCAGCUUCAUAGAAGAGGGCAUAACGUGCCCUGGAAGUUAAAGCAAAGGACAGGCGAACAGGUAAGGAAAAAGGUGUAUGUAUGCCCAGAGCUAACAUGCGUACACCAUGACCCGUCAAGGGCUCUUGGGGACCUCACAGGAAUCAAGAAGCACUUUUCCAGGAAGCAUGGGGAAAAGAAGUGGAAGUGUGAAAGGUGCUCAAAGCGUUAUGCAGUUCAAUCAGACUGGAAAGCUCACUCUAAGAUUUGUGGCACUCGAGAGUAUAGAUGUGAUUGUGGAACCCUUUUCUCUAGGAGGGACAGUUUCAUCACUCACAGAGCCUUCUGUGAUGCUUUAGCACAGGAGAGUGGCAGAGCAAUCACAGCGACAAACUCACUUCUCCAUAGCCAUGGAAUCCAAGCAGCACUUCCAGUACUGAAAAGAGAACAAGAACUAAAUCUUGCACCAGAAAUACAACCAUGGUUGGCUGGUCCCUCCCCAUUAAAUCUCUCCUCGCAUCUAUUUUCGACAAAUUUAGCCCACCAUGAAAACCCUAGCCCUAACUCUUCUAAACCUGAUUCUACACUUCCCCCCUUUCAACCAGCAGCUUCCCCACACAUGUCGGCAACUGCAUUAUUGCAAAAAGCAGCACAAAUGGGCGUUACAAUGAGCAAACCCUCACCAUCACCUACAGCUGUUUCUUGUUUGGGUCUGUCUUCACGUGAAGAAAUGGGAAGUGGGUCUCAUUCAUUGGCAUCUUUCGGGAAUAAAGCUGCUGUUGUCACCAGUAGUACUGGGUUCAUUGAGCAGGGCGUGCCUGCUGCAAACUCAGGAUCAUGUGGAGUUCAUUCUCAGCUUCUUCAUGACAUGAUGAUGAGGUCUUUGCCUUCUUCAACUGGGUUUGAAGGAUCUUCCUUUGAAGAGGAUUAUCAUAGGAUGAUUAUGAAUCCAAAAAGGGAGGGUGAUUUUCAGGAUGCUCUCUCAAAAGCAACGGAAUCACCAUUUAGCAAAAGCAAUGGAGGUGGCGGCAACGAUGGACUGACAAGAGACUUUUUGGGUGUUGGGGCAUUCUCUCAUAAAGAUUUUCUCAACAUGGCUGGCUUUGAUUACAUGAAUCCUUCUUCAACAUAUGGACAGCACAAUCAGAACCAACCACCUUGGCAAGGUUAGCCUUUGGCUGACCUUGCUUUCUUUUCUUCUUUCUUUCUUUCUUCUGCUUCGGUACCUUUUAGUGACCUAGCUUUUAAGUCCUUCCCUAGAAAGAAAGAGCAGCACCUAUCAUUUUGCUGGAUCAGGUUUGGAAUUGUUUCGAUUAUCAAUUAUUUGUUGUUGGAAUUCAUCAUAUGUUUAUUAUUAUUAUUAUUAUUAUAAAUGGAGAAAUAUGCAAGCGAUAAGCAUGCUUAUUCAUUCCACAGAGAACGUGGAAGUAAUUUAUAUUUUUUUCUUAGUAAA